CCGGGUGCUCUGGAAGCCAGCACAAGUUUGAAACUUUUUUUGCUAAAAGGAAUCGAAUUACAAACUCCAGUAACCGAUCGCACAGCAGAGGGGAGAAUCACUCUUUUAAUAAUUUACACUCUCUCACACACGCACACACACACACUCACGCACACACAUACAAGUACCUGAUAACAGAACGCAGUGAGGAAUUUGAAAGGAAACAUUUUCGUCGGCCAAACCGGAGACCCGUCAACAUGUUGUGAGCAGAAGAAGCGGUGCGCUGUGCGUUGCCAUGAUGGAGACUUGAGGUUUUGGUUUGAUUAACUUGUCAACUUGUAGCGGUUUGUCGUCUGUCCCCCAUCCGACUCACAUCCGGUCCCACUCGAAUCAAAGGAUGGACUCGUUCAGCACCAAGAGCCUGGCGCUGCAGGCGCAGAAGAAGCUGAUGAGCAAGAUGGCCACCAAGAGCGUGGCCAACCUGUUCAUCGACGACACCAGCAGCGAGGUGCUGGACGAGCUGUACCGCGUCACCAAGGAGUACACGCGCAACCGCAAGGAGGCGCAGAAGGUCAUCAAGAACCUCAUCAAGAUGGUGGUGAAGCUGGGCGUGCUGUACCGCAACAACCAGUUCAACGGCGAGGAGCUGAUGCUGGUCGAGAGCUUCAGGAAGAAGGUGCACACGCUCGCCAUGACGACGGUCAGCUUCCACCAGGUGGAGUUCACCUUCGACCGGCGCGUCAUGGGCGCCAUCCUGAACGAGUGCCGCGACCUGCUGCACCGCGCCAUCCAGCGGCACCUCACCGCCAAGAGCCACGGCCGCGUCAACCACGUCUUCAACCACUUCGCCGACGGCGAUUUCCUGGCGGCGCUCUACGGGCCGUCGGAGGUGUACCGCGCGCACCUGCAGCGCAUCUGCGACGGCGUCAACAAGAUGCUGGACGAGGGUAACCUUUGACCUGCGAGGCCCGACGCAGACCCCGUUGACCCGUUGACCUGUCCUGGGUGGCCAUCACCAGCAUGGCACUACGGGCGGGGCUACUCGUGUAUUUUUUUAUUCACUGUUAAACAAAGUGGACCCGUUUGAAUGUUGUUUUUCCAUCUGUUUAUGUUUGUGUGUAUAUGUACUUAUUGAUCAUUAACUGUAAAGACACAAACCCCACAAGCAAUACCUGGCUAUUCCGUCCAAAUAUGUUGAUAUAUAUGCAUACAUAUGCUUAAUUUGUAUUUUUUUAUUUACAUCAAACAAAAAAGGGGAUUUUUAAAAGUGAAUGUAGAACCGUGUGGCCUUAUUAGCACUCCGACGGAGCCUCGACUGUUGUUUUUUUUUUUUUUUUUU